GCAAAAGUGAAUUCCUGCAAAUCAACCAGCCAUGAUCGGUGCUCAGGCUCGAACUCUGCCCAACAAGCUCCUCCAUCCCCUGACUGUUCUGCGCCCCCAUGCCUCCUUCACCACCGCUGCAGCAUCCCCGGCAACCAAACCCUCAUCAAUCCUCUACCCAAAGAUCAACGUGCCCCCGUCCCAGAUCGUCGCGAGUCAUGGCCACUACCUCACCACUGACGAUGGCCGGGAGAUCUUCGACGCCACCGGCGGUGCUGCAGUUGCGGCCCUCGGCCACAACCACCCCGCCAUCAAGAACGCAAUCAUCCAGCAAUUCAACGAUGUGGCCUAUUGCUACGCACCAUUCUUUACCACGCCCGCGGCCGAGCGCAUCGCCGCAUUUCUGACUGAGUCGACCCACGGCGAGAUGACCAAGACCUUCAUCCUGAGCUCCGGUUCGGAAGCCGUCGAGGCCGCCCUCAAACUCGCGCGGCAGUACUUCGUGGAGCGAGGGGAGCCCCAGCGCACUCGGUUCAUCGCGCGCAAGCAGUCCUACCACGGCAACACGUUGGGAGCUCUCGCGACGGGACACCAUCUCACCCGCCGGGCAGUGUAUGAGGAGAUUCUGGCGAAGAAUGUUUCGCAUGUCUCGCCCUGCUACCCGUACCGCGGCAAGUACCUCGACGAAAGCGACGACAGCUACGUGCGGCGCUUGGCGGAUGAGCUCGAGGCCGAAUUCCAAGCGGUCGGACCGGGGACAGUCUGUGCUUUUGUCGCAGAGACAAUGGCUGGUGCGACCCUGGGUUGUGUCCCUGCCGUGCCCGGAUACUUCCCCGCGAUGAAGGCCGUAUGCGACCGUCAUGGUGCCCUCUUGAUCCUGGACGAGGUCAUGUCGGGCAUGGGCCGCUCGGGGACCCUUCAUGCAUGGGAGCAGGAGGGCGUCAUCCCCGACCUGCAGACCGUGGCGAAGGGACUGGGGGCGGGCUAUGCGCCCAUCGGGGCUUUGCUCAUCGGGAAGAAGGUGGUGGAUGCGCUGACACAGGGUUCUGGUGGGUUUGUGCACAGCCAGACGUAUGCAGGACAUCCCAUGGCCUGUGCGGUAGCCUAUUCCGUGCAGAGUCUGAUCCAAGAGAAUCAUCUCCUGGAAAAUGUCAGGAUUCAAGGGGAUUACCUGGGGCGACUGCUGAAGGAACGCGUGGGGGGUCAUCCCAAUGUGGGCGAUGUCCGUGGUCGGGGUCUGUUCUGGGGGAUUGAGUUCGUCAAAGACAAAGAGACGAAGACACCUUUCCCCGCGGCUGAACACAUAGCUCAGACGGUGCAUUUGACGGGCCUGCAACCGGAGCAUUGUAUCUCUUUACUUCCCAGCAGCGGGAAUGCCGACGGGAUCGAGGGUGAUCUGGUCUUGGUGGCGCCUGCAUAUAACAUUACUGCUGCCGAGGUGGAGGUGAUUGUCGAUCGGGUCGCCAGGGUCAUUGGUUCUGUUUUUGGAGAGGCUUGAGAAGCUUGCGUUGGUCGUUGCAGCUGCUAGACAAUCCGAUUAAGCCAUAUCAUUAGUUGGAUGCUUCAUCCUCCCUAUCCACAUCCCCUUUCCAAUAAUGGCAGCAAUGAAUUUGC